ACAGCGCCAUUCAUUGAACGAAGCAUAUUAUCUUGUGCGACUAGUGCGAUUUCAGUGUUUUACGAGUCUAUAAGUAUCUAUUAAUUAUUUUUCUGUGCGAGUUUUAAAGUGAUUUCAAAUAUUUUAACACACUUACCUACAGUGUCCCAUACGCGUUUUUAAUUUCGUUUCGUAUCGAUUUUGUGUUUGAAAAAAUUCUUCAACUGUUGACGAGAUGACUGGAAGAACAGCAAUCGGUAUCGAUUUGGGAACCACCUAUUCUUGCGUGGGUAUAUGGCAACACGGCAAAGUAGAGGUUAUCGCCAACGAUCAAGGUAACAGGACCACCCCGAGUUAUGUGGCGUUCACCGACACCGAACGGUUGAUUGGUGACGGGGCCAAGAACCAGGUGGCGAUGAACCCGGUGAAUACGGUGUUUGACGCCAAACGUUUGAUCGGACGUCGGUUUGACGACGAGAAGACACAAGCGGACAUUAAGCACUGGCCGUUCAAAGUCGUGAACGACUGCGGGAAGCCUAAAAUCCAAGUAGAAUUCAAAGGCGAACGAAAAGUGUUCGCGCCGGAAGAAAUCAGUUCGAUGGUGCUGACGAAAAUGAAAGAGACUGCGGAAGCGUACUUGGGCCGAAACGUGACGGACGCCGUCAUCACGGUGCCGGCGUACUUUAACGACUCGCAGAGACAAGCGACCAAGGACGCGGGCGUCAUAGCCGGCCUAAACGUAAUGCGAAUAAUCAACGAACCGACGGCCGCGGCCUUAGCGUACGGCCUGGACAAGAACCUGAAAGGAGAGAAGAACGUGUUGAUAUUCGACCUGGGCGGUGGCACGUUCGACGUGUCCGUUCUGCAGAUCGACGAGGGUUCGAUAUUCGAAGUGAAGUCGACGGCGGGCGAUACGCACUUGGGCGGCGAAGACUUUGACAACCGGCUGGUGUCUCAUUUGGCGGAAGAGUUCAAGCGGAAGUUCAAAAAGAACGUGCACGCGAACCCGAGAGCGUUGAGGCGGUUGAGGACGGCCGCCGAACGGGCCAAGAGAACGCUGUCGUCCAGCUCCGAGGCCGUCAUAGAGAUCGACGCACUGAUGGAAGGUAUCGAUUUCUACACCCGAGUGUCCCGAGCACGGUUCGAGGAGCUGUGCGCGGAUCUGUUCAGAUCGACGCUGGUUCCGGUGGAGAAGGCGCUGGCCGACGCCAAGAUGGACAAGGGAGACAUACACGAUGUGGUGCUCGUGGGCGGUUCGACGAGGAUCCCGAAGAUCCAGAGUCUAUUGCAAAACUACUUCUGCGGCAAGCCGCUCAACCUGUCCAUCAACCCCGACGAAGCGGUAGCGUACGGCGCGGCGGUACAGGCGGCCAUUCUCAGCGGUGACACGAGUUCUGCAAUUCAAGACGUAUUGCUGGUGGACGUCACACCCCUGUCGCUGGGUAUCGAGACUGCGGGCGGCGUGAUGACUAAAAUCGUCGAACGCAAUUCCACCGUUCCGUGUAAGCAAACACAAACGUUCACCACGUACGCGGACAACCAACCGGCCGUCACCAUCCAGGUGUUCGAGGGGGAAAGGGCCAUGACCAAGGACAACAAUCUGCUGGGAACGUUCGACCUGACCGGCAUACCUCCGGCGCCAAGAGGCGUGCCCAAAAUCGAGGUGACUUUCGAUUUGGACGCCAACGGCAUUUUGAACGUGUCGGCCAAGGACAACAGCUCUGGACGCUCCAAGAACAUAGUCAUCAAGAACGAUAAGGGUCGCUUGUCUCAGGCCGAAAUCGAUCGGAUGCUCAGCGAGGCCGAACGGUACAAGGAAGAGGACGAACGCCAAAAGGACAAGAUAGCGGCCAAGAAUCAGCUGGAGAGCUACGUGUUCGGCGUCAAACAAGCUUUGGACGAGUCCGGCGACAAGCUGACGGAAACCGAGCGGGACACGGGAAAACAGCAAUGCGAAGCCGUCGUCCAGUGGUUGGACAACAAUCAGUUGGCAGACAAAGAAGAGUACGAGUACAAACUGAAGGAGAUCCAAAAGAGUUGUUCGGCUCUGAUGAUGAAGAUACACGGCGCGGGACAAGGCGGUAACGCGCCUCCCGGUGCUGCAGGUAACGGUUUCCCCGGUUCACGUCCCGGAGGACCAACGAUAGAAGAAGUCGAUUAAUUUUCCUCUCGUGAUUUCAUCUUAUUAUAUUUUUGUAAAUACUAAAAUACUACUUUUAUUUAUAAUGUUAUGUAUCCAUUAGACUUAUGUUGAGACUGAUUUUUUUUUUUUGUAAUA